GUCUUACUUCACUCCCGCUGCCUUGUCAGUUUGACUGUGAAUCACUUGGUGCUCGUGUUUGGAUUCUCCUCACUGAAAAGCAGAUGAAGUGCAGGAUAAGAGCAACAUUACAUCAAUUUCAAGCGUCUGGACCCUCUAACCAGGACAAACAGAGCUCAAGAGCACCGUCUCCUGGCAGGAAUCAUCUAGGGAUUCUGGAGGAUUACACUGUAUCAAGUUCAUGUAAUCCCUCCCUUUAUUUAAGGACACAGACAUUUUUUGUGUAUCUUUUUUGUACUUGGGCAAAUUAUUCACAGCUCCAACUGCGAAAAGCAUGUCAACAAAAAUGACUUUAUAGCCACUGACUGCAUGCAGAAUAGAAGAAAAGCAACAAAGCAUGGAGGCUUCAAGAUCUGCUCAUGCAGGGACACCCCCCGCUACACCCAUAUUCCCCACCUCCCCUACUCCCUCCUCUCCAGGCUACUUGCAGUUCUUCUGGGAGUACCAGGACAAUUCUGUCCUUGUGGAGCAUUACAACUACACCGGCAAGCUGCAGAAAGACCGCUACCGCGAAGGACUCAAACCUGAGGGCAUUGCGUUCCUGGUGGUGUGUCUCCUCAUUGUCCUGGAGAACGCUGUGGUUCUUAUCGCCAUUUGGAGGAACAAGAAGUUCCACCUGCCCAUGUAUUACCUGCUGGGAAACCUGACCCUAUCUGAUCUUCUGGCUGGGAUUACAUAUAUGGCCAACAUCAUCAUGUCUGGAGCUAAUACUUUAAAACUGACGCCGUUGCUAUGGUUCCUCAGGGAGGGAGGGGUCUUCAUCACUCUGGCUGCCUCUAUUAUUAGUCUGCUUGCCAUUGCAAUUGAACGCCAUGUUACUAUGGUGACUAUGAGGCCAUACCAUGGGGCAAAGCGGGGACGGAUGUUGGCAUUGAUUGGUGCAAGUUGGGCCCUGGCAGGAUUUUUGGGGGUCCUCCCAAUUUUGGGGUGGAAUUGCAUCCACAGACUGGACCAGUGCUCAAUAGUUCUCCCGCUUUAUGCCAAGAGCUACAUCCUCUGCUGCGUGUCUGUGUUCAGUGCUGUGCUCCUGGCCAUUGUGGUCCUUUACGCCAGAGUUUUUCGCAUUGUCCGCACCAACACGCAGCGACAGCGGCUGGGCCUGUCAGGUAGCAUGAGGAAGGGCUUAGCGAGGAAGUCGCAGAAGUACAUCGCCCUCCUCAAGACAGUCACCAUUGUGCUAGGUGUCUUCAUCGUCUGUUGGCUGCCCCUCUUUGUCCUCCUCCUCCUGGAUUUUUUCUGCCCCACCCGCAGUUGUCGCCUGCUCUACAAGGCUGAUUACUUCCUGGGAGUAGCUAUGGUCAACUCGCUCCUCAACCCCAUCAUCUAUACUCUGACCAGUAAGGACAUGAGGAGAGCUAUUCUGAGGCUGCUCUGUCGGCCGUGUCUGAUGACCAGAGAUGGCCAGGUGAAGAAGAUUGGGAUGCCAUUCCUGGAGUGCAGUUUCAGUAAAACUGAGGUGGCGUCCCAGAAGUUAGAGGGAGGACCGGAGACGACUAUUUCCUCUGGGAACAUUAUCACCACCCCAUCGCCUAUUAAGGCUUUUUACCCCAAACUCUUCAAGUCAUAAGGACUUAGACUGACUAAUUGAGUCCAUAAGUGUGUGAAUGGGCUUCCCAUUAAACAGAGGACAUCUUCUCCAGAGAGGAAAAAGUUCUGGUUUUCUCCAAUUUGGAGUAUAGCCAGGAACAAAGGGCGUAUGAAAUAUUUAAGGCACAAGAGAAUCACGUUUAGACAAAUCACCAUGACAAUUUAGAAGUAGUGCUGAACUUCAUUGUGAGAUGAAAAAAACUAAAUGCUAUAAGGAUGCCACUCAAAUGUGAACAAGCAAACAUACAGUACUUUUUAUGAGUAGAUGCAAGACAUGAGUCUCCUUAACUAAUUUGCACUGAAAUAUCACAAUGAAUGGAAAAACAGUCUCAGAUUAAAUGUUCCUGUGGUUCUGUAGUUUGUGUCUAAGCUUGGAAGGAGACUUCUGAAAACCCAAAAACUCAUGACUGAUAAAAUGUAAAUGUUACAUUUUCUGGGUUAAUGGUGUGGUUGGCUUUGCCUUUUUUGCAGUUUCUUAUUGAAGGGCUUUGAAUACAGCACUAACAGGUCUAAUAUGUGCGGAGGGUAAUCUGUGCAUCUGCAGACACCUGGGUUUCGCUGGUUCGAAGGCCCAAGUUGUGCUAGAUUUGUUAAGAUAAAAUCACGCGGAGCACCCCUACACAUAUCUGUGUACAUGAUGCAGGGAGAGUUAGGUGGAAACUGAAAGAAAACACGAAAGAGAGAGUAAAGAACGACUGUGUCAUAGUUGUGGGAGGUAGGCGCAGCAUUAAAAUCCCCCCACUGUUUUGAAAUGACAGAUGGUUAACCUAUCUGAUAACAAGUGGAAAGUUGUUGGGGUUUGGUGUCCGAUUUUUUUAAAUGUCAGUCUGGCAUCUGCAUGAAAACUGCAACAGCAACAUAAACAACAAAAUGUCAUCAUAUAAUGUGA